UUAACACCGUGAUGUAAGAAUGUAUGGCUUCAGCUGAGCAUAUACUGCUCCAGAUGCGGUAAAAACAGCCGCAGUUGCCUUUCGCCUUUAUUUGUGGCUUGGUCCUUAAAUACCCAGUUACCAAUGGAUUUAUCUUGUCUCCUGGACGUCUACCUCUGUUCAGGUACAGUACCCUGUACUCCCAUAUAGAAACCACUUAUUAGUCUACGGUUUUUCCGGAAUUCAUACAGAUUACUUUUAUUUGAGCUGUGUUGUGGAAUUAGAUAAUUCUCUUUAUUCAUCUGAAUUCAGGCAUCUAAGGUAAACAAGUGUACCUGGUCCGACUCGACUGCUUAGAUAAUUAACGGAAUUAGCUUUCAAGAUACAAGGUUAAAUCGGAGUUCAUGCCGGAUUUCGAGCAUUUCAGAUUUUCUUACUCAAGAAUGAAUCCUGUGUUGAGUGAAAAUGCAUACUUAAUCCAACAGCAACAGAAUCAGGUGACAGGUUUGUCAGAUACCACAACCGCUGGCGUUUUUACAGAGCCCGUGUUUGGCUCACCUGAGCCGGGUUUUUUCUUAGGCGAGCACAUUGGUGCGGGGCAAGAUGUACCUUUUCUCCACCUUAACAGUUCUCUCAACCGAGCACCGCCUCCAGCCGCGGUGGCCUUACGCAACGAUCUGGGUUCCAACAUUAGCGUGCUGAAGACUCUUAAUUUGCGUUUUCGUUGCUUCUUGGCGAAAGUACAUGAAUUAGAACGGCGGAAUAAAGCUCUGGAGAAACAGUUACAGCAAGCUUUGGAAAACAAUUAUGGUAGAGGAGGAUGUGCAGAAGAUAAAAAACCGCUGACAAGAGACAUCGGGGUUCAGACUGGGUUCAUCGGACCCAUAACGAUAAGGCCAGACCCAACACCGAUUCAUAACGCAAACAAUUCCACGUACCUGUCCAGAGGCCUCUUAUCACCAACGCUCAACAAUACAUUUAAUCCUCUUGAAACCAGUAAAGUGCACGAAAACAUAAACCCUUUAAGUGCAACGGACUCGAAUUCAAAUUUUACUCCAAAUUUCACCAUCAGCCCUUUAUCUUCACAUGAUCCUGCGUCAAAGACCGUCUCUAAUAACAAUGAGAAAUAUGUCAGUACUGGGACCGGUACAUCCACUAAUCCCCCGCCUAGGUUUCUCCCCGGGACUAUUUGGUCGUAUAACCAUGCUCGUAGGUUCAGCACGGGCUGGGAGUCGAGAGUGGCAGGGCCCGGUGUGUCGUGCAUGCAUCCAGACGGAGUAGGUGUCCAAAUCGACACCAUCACCCCAGAGAUUCGGGCCCUGUACAACGUACUGGCUAAAGUGAAGCGGGAACGGGACGAAUAUAAACGAAGAUGGGAGGAGGAAUAUACAGUAAGAAUGGACCUGCAAGAGAAGAUUGCAGAGCUUGAAGAGGACCUUCAGGAGAGUGAGGUGUGUCAGGAUGAGCUUGCACUGAGGGUGAAGCAGCUGAAGGCAGAGCUGGUCCUCUUCAAAGGCCUUAUGAGCAAUAACCUCUCAGAACUGGACAGUAAAAUCCAGGAGAAGGCCAUGAAGGUGGACAUGGACAUCUGCCGACGGAUAGAUAUCACCGCGCGUCUAUGUGAUGUGGCCCAGCAGAGGAACUGUGAGGACAUGAUUCAGAUAUUCCAGCAGGUGGCCACACCUCCUUCAACGCUAACUCGCCGUCCUCGGAAACAAGCCCCUCAUUCUGCCAAGAGCAAUGAGGGUGAGGAACCAACCAGCAUCUCAGAGAGUGACGAGUGUGGGAAUAAAGAUGUGGACCUGUGUGGCUCAUCCACCAGUCAGGUCAAUGAAGAAAUGCAGAGAAUGCUUAACCAGUUGCGUGAGUGUGAGUUUGAAGAUGACUGUGAUAGUCUGGCAUGGGAAGAGACUGAGGAGACACUGCUGCUUUGGGAGGAUUUCCCAGGAUACGCUUUGGGUGUGGAGACUCAGGGAGAGGAGGAGUCAAUCGAAAAGGUGAUAAAAGAUACUGAGUCAUUGUUCAAGUCUCGCGAGAAGGAAUACCAAGAUACCAUAGACCAGAUUGAGCUGGAGUUGGCCACGGCCAAGUCUGACAUGAAUAGGCACCUGCAUGAGUACAUGGAGAUGUGCAGUAUGAAGAGAGGGCUGGAUGUGCAGAUGGAGACCUGCAGGAGGCUCAUCACACAGACUGGAGACAGAAAAUCCCCCCUUCUCAUUUCUAUGACUGUGGAAGAUUGUGAGGAAGGAGAGACGGCGAGGAAGUCGAAUAUUUCAUCAGAUGCUGAGACCACUGAAAUGUAUUGUGACUCUCAGGACAACCCUUCUAACCUUACCUGGAAAUCCUAACAACCUUAAUUUGUGUAAUUAUAAACAAAGACUGUUUAUUAUUUCAUGGUGUACUAGUGAUUCUGUAAAUCCACACCUUACCUUGAUGAUGAGGUAGCCUCAUAGUUUUACAGUAUCACAAAUUCACAAAACUCUCUGGUGCCCUCUAGCGAGAGAUUGUUACUAUAUUUAAAAGAAGUUGCCACUGUUUUAGGACAUUUAAUAAUAUUCUGCACUAAACAACAACACUUUAAACACAUUAUUGGUACUUUCUCCAGAAUGUUUUACACCACAAAGUUUCAGAAUCAGUUUUACACACUUUCAAAGGCCAUACUUUAGCAGUUACAUCAAAUCAUGGAACUGCCAAUGGAUAAAUGGAUAACCAAAUUAUUAUUUUACUACUGGAAACUUGAAGAAAAUGGAAACAUGAAGAUAAUAAUCCCUUAACUAAUACUUUGUAUUGUAAUUAACCUAUAAUGCCAGCAGUGGUAAAGUACGGUAAGAUGCUUUCUUAGCCAACAACUUAAACAAACAUGCUUCACUUUGGGACUAGCAGCAUACAGAAGGACAUGUUUGAAAGCCAGAUAUGUCUAAUUAUGUGUACACUGUAAUGCUACUUGUCUCAAAAUAAGAUGAAACGUGCCAAUAAAUAUCUAGAGAGUUGGACCAAAUCACAAAAUCAUUCAGGGUGGAGGAAAAAUUCAGAAUAAUUUAAGAGAUGAAGUACGGGGCCAAAGGUCAGAGUCGUGGAAAAAGACAAUAGCUCUCUUCCAAAGCCUAGUCUGCAGUUGAGGCAGGGUGAGUCCUCAGUAGGACUAUUCUGUGAAGACUCCUCCUUAGUAAUCUAUAGCUUGCACAAAUAGAACAAACAGUCUAACGAGGCUGCGUGGUGACAUCAGUGCCUCUUGAAAUAGCAUUGUGAAACUUGUGUCCGUUGAGAUGUGUAGCUCUGCUUUUGCUAGCUUGAUUAGCAUUUGUUAUGGAAUGCUAUCUUAUAUAGCUAGUAGGAUAAACUACAUAUAUAUGCACAUAUAUCUGAUUAAAACAUUCAUCUAUAUACAUCUUAAUCAGUCAUUUUAAACCUUUCAAAUAAAGACAGAUAGAUUCAAGUGUGUGAAAAACACAUUUUAAAAUGAACUCGGCUACGGAAGGUUGAUUUUCUGCCAUUUAUGUUUUGCUGUUUUUUUUUCUGGUUUUGUUUUGUUUUGUUUUUUUGUCUUUGCGUUGUACAUGCACAGACAACUGUGGGUAACCGAGGACCAGAAAGGAUACAUCAGUUGCUUCCUUCAAAUCACUCCAAAUGUAGGUUACAUUUCUAGCCUGUAUUUGAAGGGUCCUUCACAUUAGAACAGCCUACUUGACGUAGUGGCUGAGAUAUGCAGCCUAGGUUUUGAGAUGCAGCUAAUAACUUGAAUAGAGAAUCAAGGAAACAAAUGACAAGGAUAAACAAAGGAGUACGAGUAUUAGCAAAAAUACAUCUAUCCACUAGAUGGAUUUUCAACAAAUCUACCAUUGUCUUUGUGUGGCCAUGAUCUCGAAUAAAGGGAUUCUGUUUACCAUGUAGUUUAUACUAUGUAUAGUCAUUAAGUACAGCGGUGCAACGCUCUGUAUGGUCAUUCACUGUGCAGUUUUACAUUGCAACACUUAGGUUCAUAUAGUUAAGUAAUUCUUAUGGCAUGUUUUCAUGCUAUGGUAGAGACAUAACUGGGAUAUAAAGCUCACUGCAGCAAGGGUCUGGUGUUUUUGGUGCAUAGACCUACAUCACCAACUGAAUUAAUUCAGUUUUGUGUAAGUGCAACUCUGGGAGGUUGUUAAUUAUUCAAACUAGACAACAGUGAUAACAGCUAUCACUAUAUUGAAAUAAUAUACAUAUGUGUGUUGCCAGUCGAUUGUCUGAUGCAGUUUUUGAGAUGCUGAAAUGGAUUAAUCUAUUUUAAUAUAUAAAAGGGGUCUUUGGGGACUAUAUGGAUGAGUUUACCAUUUAUCUCCCUUUGUAGACUAUGUUUUUAGUAGACAUAUUAAGUAUGCUAAAUCAUUAGUAAGAACUAACACUCAUAAGAUCACAACUGACUUGUACCAUGACAACAAAUUAGUAUAUGUAAAUUGUUCUGUGAAAUGUAAAUGAUACAUGUUCAUGUCCAGAAUACAGUAGUUCUUUAAACCUUGAUGUACAUACAAAUGUGGAUAUAUGAAUACUAUAAUUCCAAAUGAAUAAA